AUGGCUAUGACAUCACCAAUUGGAAAAACAACGUCACUUAUGGCGGAGACAUGGGAUUUCUUCUUAGCAGCUAGGAUAGCAGUUACCGAAGACUGGCAAAACAUACACUUCGAAACAGACUCGACAACUUUGUUGAAUCUAAUUGUACGAGAACAUUCAGAGGCUCCAUGGAUCAUUCAAACUAUGCUGCAGGAAAUACGAGACCAUCUGCAACAACUACGAAGAUAUGUGGUUACACACACGUACAUGGAAGCUAACCAGGCAGCGGAUGGACUUGCAGACUUUGCGGCAAAGAAGCAGCUACAAAACGGAAAUGGCAGCACCAACAGUAUAUCGACAAACAUUUGGGAACACACCUGCCCUGAUUUCCUCAAUGUAAUUGUAAUGAAUGACUCAAUGGGGACCCCCUAUCCCAUAGAAGUUCUUGUUUAA